CAUUUUUGUGUAAUAAAAUGCAUUACGUCCCCUUACACAGCGGGGCUCUUGUACUGUAGAACAAUCUUUGAUAGUGUGCGGUACUUUGAUACUAUGUAGAUCCAGGAACUGUGUCAGGACUCCAGUUAUGAAUGAAACACUGUACCGGUAAUCAAGGCAUUUAGUGACGUCUGUUAACAGAAUUUUUCAACAUGCAAUCAAUGUAUGUCGUCUGUUGGCUGUUGUCACAGUUGUUGCCCUUUGCUCAUGGAGUCGUGCCAGAUAAUGUCAUCUCUGAAGGGGCCACUACCCAUCACGUCAAGCGGCGAAGUCUGGUACUUCUGUGUUAUCAGCUGGACAUGACAGUAGGGCCAAGUUGUUUGGAAUAUAUAGGUUAUGGUUGUUAUUGUGGGUUAGGCGGCCAAGGUACCCCAGUGGAUACUAUAGACAGGUGUUGCCAGAAGCAUGAUAUCUGCUACAGUCAAGUCCAGUGUCUCUUUAGCUGGUUUACCUAUUUUGUCCACUAUGAUGUCCGCUGUUCUGACGGUCACUGCCGGUGUGUUGAGAGCUCUGACCGAUGCGCCUACACAAGCUGUGAAUGUGACAGGCAGUUGGUCGAAUGCCUAAAGUUAGCUGGGCCACGGAACCCGAAAUACAUGCAUUACGACAGGUCAAAGUGCGUGGGUGUCAGCGCAACAGAAACGCGUACCAACAUCACAUCUUUAUAGCAGCUUGUAUAGACAACAUCACAUCUUUAUAGCAGUUUUUAUAGACAACAUCACAUCUUUAUAGCAGCUUGUGUAGACAACAUCACAUCUUUAUAGCAGUUUGUGUAGACAACAUCACAUCUUUAUAACAGUUUGUAUACACAACAUCACAUCUUUAUAGCAGUUUGUGUAGACAACAUCACAUCUUUAUAGCAGUUUGUGUAGACAACAUCACAUCUUUAUAGCAGUUUGUAUACACAACAUCACAUCUUUAUAGCAGUUUGUAUACACAACAUCACAUCUUUAUAGCAGUUUGUGUAGACAACAUCACAUCUUUAUAGCAGUUUGUAUACACAACAUCACAUCUUUAUAGCAGUUUGUGUAGACAACAUCACAUCUUUAUAGCAGUUUUUAUAGACAACAUCACAUCUUUAUAGCAGUUUUUAUAGACAACAUCAUAUCUUUAUAGCAGUUUUUAUAGACAACAUCACAUCUUUAUAGCAGUUUGUGUAGACAACAUCACAUCUUUAUAGCAGUUUGUAUACACAACAUCACAUCAUUAUAGCAGUUUGUGUAGACAACAUCACAUCUUUAUAGCAGUUUGUGUAGACAACAUCACAUCUUUAUAGCAGUUUGUGUAGACAACAUCACAUCUUUAUAGCAGUUUGUAUACACAUCACAUCUUUAUAGCAGUUUGUGUAGACAACAUCACAUCUUUAUAGCAGUUUGUAUACACAACAUUACAUCUUAAUAGCAGUUUGUGUAGACAACAUCACAUCUUUAUAGCAGUUUGUAUACACAACAUUACAUCUUUAUAGCAGUUUGUAUACACAACAUUACAUCUUUAUAGCAGUUUGUGUAGACAACAUCACAUCUUUAUAGCAGUGUGUGUAGACAACAUCACAUCUUUAUAACAGUUUGUGUAGACAACAUCACAUCUUUAUAGCAGUUUUUAUAGACAACAUCACAUCUUUAUAGCAGCUUGUGUAGACAACAUCACAUCUUUAUAGCAGUUUGUGUAGACAACAUCACAUCUUUAUAGCAGUUUGUGUAGACAACAUCACAUCUUUAUAACAGUUUGUGUAGACAACAUCACAUCUUUAUAGCAGUUUUUAUAGACAACAUCACAUCUUUAUAGCAGCUUGUGUAGACAACAUCACAUCUUUAUAGCAGUUUGUGUAGACAACAUCACAUCUUUAUAGCAGUUUGUGUAGACAACAUCACAUCUUUAUAGCAGUUUGUGUAGACAACAUCACAUCUUUAUAGCAGCUUGUGUAGACAACAUCACAUCUUUAUAGCAGUUUGUGUAGACAACAUCACAUCUUUAUAACAGCUUGUUUAGACAACAUCACAUCUUUAUAGCAGUUAGUAUAGACAAAAUCACAUCUUUAUAGCAGUUUGUAUACACAACAUCACAUCUUUAUAGCAGUUUGUGUAGACAACAUCACAUUUUUAUAACAGCUUGUCAAGACAUCACAUCUUUAUAGCAGCUUGUCAAGACAACAUCUCAUCUAUCUAGCAGCUUGUCAAGACAUAGAUCUAUGUGGUUCUCAUGUUUUUUUUUGUAUCGCGCUGUUGUAUGUUUGAGUUCGAUGUGUAAUCAGUUGAACGGACCGGAAGUAUGUGUCAGUCAAUUCUUCUUUUGCGGGCAAAUAUUUUUAUUAGGGUUAUACCCCUUUACACCCCCUCCCUCCCCAAUCGCUUCACUAUAUUUGGUUGGAAUCCUAUUUAUUUGCUGGUAGGACGCUCCCUUCUGGCUGAUAGUAUUUGACUCGGGCUUUGUCUCAUACGCUGUCAUAUCCAGUUAUCCAGCGAGAGCGUAUUCCUCCAACUUUUGGCUGGAUAUGGAGGUGGUGGUCCAGAGGUAAAGUGAGAUCCUUGGUUCGAAUCUCGGUGAAGGCUGGAAAGAAAGGGAGUUGGUCGUUGUGCUGGCCACAUGACACCCUCAUUGACCUUCGGCCCUAGAAGCAGAUGACAUUUACAUCGUCUGCUUAUCGCAAGGACGGAGAGGAAGGGGGGGGGGGACCUUGGAGAAAUAUAGUACUACUGUGGUACUACUUUAGUACUACUUUAGUCUUUUAUACCAAUGACAGUAAUAGACGCAUGUGGUUGUAUAUUCUUUUGUAUGUGUAUGGAGUAGUUGAAUUUAUAUUUAUAUGUGCAUAUAUAUAAACAUAAUUUUUAUUGAAAUAUUUUCUAGCAAUAUUUUUUUUUUAAUUCGAUUGUCUGUUCUUUUUUUUUCCCUAUGGUCUUAUCUUUUUCUUUUAUUUAUCCACAAAUUCACUUUAUUUAAAAGAUAUUUAUUUGUAAACUUUGGAUAGACAGGUACCGAGUUGCCUCCCCUUAUCUAUAACCACCGAAGAUGACUAUUUACCAUAUUUUAAACACAUUUAUGCAAACGGUUGUAGAUUUUAAAAAACAACAACUUUAUAUUCAUAAGUUAGUAAAGUUCUGUCAUAAUAACUUGUACAAUUGCAAAAUAAAAUGUUUUUGUUUUUUUAAAGAGAAAACAUCUAUUUAGUAUGCAUAUAAAAGGAACUUAAUUUAAAACAACAAUUAAUAAGUAGUUAUUCAAAAUUAUGGCGUGAUCUACAACGACAGGCUCCACACAAAAGAUCGAACUAUUAUUUUUUGUACGGAAUUUUUUUUUUCUUGAGUCUUUGAAUAAGAGAUUGACCCUUUACAAAACAAUUAGGUCAAUUAGAUAAUCAUUAUAAGACAUUAGUAAGGCCAGGUUUACAUCGAACUUCUCCUUAACUUUCACCUAUCCCUUGGUCUGCUGGACCGUUGGGGCACCACACAAGAUCUGUCCACCUUCUUUCUCCAUUCUUCUAUGUCAUUUGCCUUUGAUAAAAUUUCAUUCUGAUAUUCUUUCUGAAAAUAUUGAAACCUGCCUUUUUACCUGGCUGGGUGUACCACUUCUGAUAGUAUUUCAUUCUGAUAUUCUUUUUGAAAUAUUGAAAUCUGCUUUUUUUUACCUGCCUGGGUGGACCACUUCGGGGGCCGAUUUUGAGUUUGUGUUUCCACACAAACUGUCUUUGUAACCUUGUUAGUUUUUACUGUUAGUCCGGUCUAGAGAGUAUGUACAAAUUUAUGUUAAAAACUUUGUUUAAUUAUUUUUUUUAAUGCUUAAGAAAAAAAUUUAGUUGUGCACAAUUUUAAUAUUGGUUUUUGUUCUUAGCAAACCUUAGCCUAUAUUAUAUCAAUGAAUAAAUUAACACCAUGGCUUGGAAUUGCCUCGUUUCAGAAUUCUAGGCCUAAGUAAAAACAGGGAGUUCCUGUUUCGAAUCCCUGGUGAAAAAACUGGGUUUUUUUUAUUUCUGAAUCUUUAAGGCGCCUUUCAGUCCGCCCAGCUCUAAUGGGUACCUGACAUAAGUUCAAGUGAAGAAAUAGGCGCGGUGGAAAAUUAAAGGCGGUUGGUCGUUUGUUCUGGCCACAUGACACCCUCAUUAACCGUGGUCCAUAGAAACAUAUUAUCUGCUCCAUAGAUCGCAAGUAUGAAAAUAGAAUUUACCUGAGUAAACUUAUUCAAAUAAUGCAAACUUGUUUAAAGAUAUUCAAUCUACUCAUCAAGAGGUUAUUUUCUUGUAAGACUUUUGUUAAAGUUUUGAAUUUUUUGUUAUUAUAAAAUAAUAAAUAUUGAUAAUGCAUUGAUU